CCUUUAAAAUGAUAGGGUGCGGUAUGCAGAGCUUUGUGAGUGAAAUGUAGGGAAACCGUGACAUCAAACGGUUGAGGAGGAGUACUACACAGACCUGCCACAGCUGGUCCUUAGCAACAUCGUCUCCCUUCUGUGAGCAGUCCUUCCCCGGCGCCGGGAACACUCCUCCCCCUUCGCAAUCAACACCUCACCGCUGCCAUCGAGCCAAGGACAGUCUCCAGGGCGACGAGAAAACAACCAAGAAUAAAGGUUACACAUUGUGUAACAAAGUUUCUAUGGAGGAUGGUCAUUGGGCUUGUAAAAGGAUAUCCAAUUCUACUGAACGUAUCGCUUUCACACGGCGGAUCCCUUUCGCCUUUACGCCCAUGCUAGCUAAGUGUCAAACUACUUGGCGCAACAGAUUUAAAACGUAAUAGGCUAGGCCUACUACUUUGAAUGACGUUAGUUACAGCAAAGGAUGUUAUCGAAGCACACGUAUUUCGUCUGUGGAAGAAUGUCGAGAUGUUUUCGGUUUGUUUUUGGGAUCCGCUAGGAAAGCUAAUUUGUAGUCUUUCCUCCCGAGGCUGUUGAUGUCGAGUAUUUUGAGGUGCUACCGAAUUGGGACGAGGAUCCCUCGGGUCGCCUCUGUAGCGCCCCCCUGCAGACUAAAAACUUUCCUCUCUCGAAGUGAUUUCCUCCCCUGUUUUUACUUCCUGUUUUCUACGGGAGUCACUUAGCUCAGCGCCUUUCAUUUCAACUUUUUUCUUUACGCCUGGUACUUCCAUAGUUUCUUCUGGUGAAAUUUGUAACAUCUGUAAGUUAUCUGUUUCUUUCGAUUCGUUCGAACGUGCGCACUCAGAGCAGACUACAUUCUUUGGAUUUUAAGGAGAAAUGCUUGGCUCGAUUUUAUGAUCGGUCCCGAUGGAUUUCACAUAGAUUUUGUUUUGUUUGCUGGACUGUCCACUUAAUCUAUUAUUUUUUCGCCUGGUCCCGUGCUUUACCUUCUAUAGCCUACCCUUAUUUGCUACAAAGGCAAGUCGAUUACUAGAGCUACUUCUUACUUACCUACUUCGACUUAGCUUAGGCUAUCUUUAGUUCUAACGACUAGUUUUGCGGCUAAAUGUUGUCGACUAUGUUUAGUUUAUAAUUGAUGUCUCUUUGAAAGUUAUAAUGGCUGAGCUUCAGCGACCGACGCUGUGCUGUUGUCGGAAAGUGCUGACGGUGCCCAGCAAGUCCUGUGAAGGCGGCCGGACUUUGGGACAAUGUCGCCUGGUGGACAUUGCGUCGGCCUCCAACUUCCACAGCUUUAAACUUCGACACUUUCAUCUUGACCUCCACCUCAACUUUGCUCUGAAGAGGAUGACUGGGUGGCAGGUCCUCGAACUGGUGCCGAUCCAACCUGGGGUGCAAACUCUGGUUUUGGAUACGCACCCGUCCCUACACAUCCAUUCCAUAGACUGUAAGGUACCCGGUACUGCUGGUUCCCCGGAUAUCUUCCUCUCACUUACAUACCGUGUGGACCCUUUCACAGACUACGGUUCCUCGCUAAACAUUAGCCUGCCGGCCUCAGUCAUUCGGCCGCACCGGGCUUUCCAGAUCACCAUCCGCUACACUACGACAGACGGCCCUGCGAUCUGGUGGCUGGACGCUGAGCUGACGUGUGGUCAGACGCGGCCGCUGGUCUUCACGCAGGGUCACUCCGUUUGCAACCGUUCCUUCUUUCCCUGCUUCGACACACCGGCCGUUAAGAGCACCUACUCUGCCACAGUGCGGGUACCAGAGGGUGUGACAGUGCUCAUGAGUGCAUCUCGCAGCGCGUACUCCAAGCAGGACCGCGUCUUCCAGUUCUCCAUGGAGUUCCCCGUGCCUGCCUACCUGGUGGCGCUGGUAGCAGGCGACCUCCAACACGCCGACAUCGGGCCCAGGAGUCGUGUUUGGGCAGAGCCAUGCAUCCUCACCUGUGCGGUCAGUAAGCUGGGAGGCAGUGUUGAGCGCUGGCUGGCCGUGGCAGAGGGACUGUUUGGCCCUUAUGUCUGGGGAAGGUAUGACAUUGUGUUCCUGCCUCCCUCCUUUCCCAUCGUUGCCAUGGAGAACCCGUGCCUGACAUUCAUCAUCUCAUCCAUCUUGGAGAGCCGGGAGUUUCUGCUAAUCGACGUGAUCCAUGAGAUCGCCCACGGCUGGUUCGGCAAUGCCGUCACCAACGCCACCUGGGAGGAGAUGUGGCUGAGUGAGGGGCUGGCCACCUACGCACAGAGACGCAUCACCACCGAGGCUUAUGGCGAGGCCUUCACCUGCCUGGAGACGGUGUUCCGUCUGGACGCUCUGCACAGGCAGAUGCGUCUCUUAGGAGACAACAACCCCGUCAGCAAACUCCAGGCCAAGUUUGAGCCAGGUGUGAACCCCAGCAGUCUGAUGAAUCUGUUCACCUAUGAGAAGGGCUUCUGUUUCGUCUCCUACCUCUCACAGCUUUGUGGCGACAUCAAGCGAUUCGACAGCUUCCUGAGGGCCUACAUUGAGAAGUUCAAGUUCAGCAGCGUGGUGGCUCAGGACCUGCUGGACUUCUUCCUGGGCUUCUUCCCUGAGCUGAAGGAAAACUGCGCGUCACAGAGAGAAGGGCUGGAGUUUGAGCGCUGGCUGAAUGACUGUGGACCCCCUCUGUUUGAGCCCGACCUGUCAGCCGGCGGAGUUCUGACCGGCCCGGUUCAGCGUCUGUGCGAGCUGUGGGGCACCGACGCCCCCGACGCACAGGCCAUCACAACCUUUGACCUCUCCACGUGGAGCACCUUCCAGACGGUGCUGUUCCUGGACCGCCUGCUGGACCGCUCGCCGCUUCCUCACGAGGUGAUGAGCCAGCUGUCGCACAGCUACUCGGCCCUGCUGGACGGCAUGAACGCUGAGGUGCGCAUUCGCUGGCUGCAGAUCGUGGUGCGGAACAGCUUCUACCCCGACCUGCCACGCGUCCGCAGCUUCCUGCUCAAACACACCUCCCGCAUGUACACGGUGCCGCUGUACGAGGACCUGUGUGGCGGGGUGAUGAAGUGCUUUGCCGUGGAGGUCUUCUACCAGACGCAGGCACGCCUGCACCCCAACCUGCGCCGCACGCUGCAGCAGAUCCUCUUCCAGACCAGCGCUGGCACCACCAUGUCCACCGUCUCCGCUCUCCCCUGCACGUCCAGUCCCACCCUGGAUGCCUCGCCGGUCCUUGCCCCGCCUGUUUUGGCUCCCCCGACGACCGGCCCCACACCUGCCGACCCCCCGGCGAACGGGACCAUUGCGCUGCGAGACGUCAACGUUUCCGCGUGACACCGAUUGCGUGGGGGAAGGGGGGGUUCACGACCACUGUGACAGAGGGAGGUGUUGUUAAGAUCUCCCAAAGAAGAAGAUGGAGGGAGUGAACGAGGAGGCCACGGAUGAACGAGUGACCAUGGAGAUGGAGGAGAAGCGAGAGAUAAACGAUAGCGAAGGCCAGAGAAGCAGCAAAGGAUGAAGAGAAAGAUCUGGAAAGGACUUGAAACUAAAAAAUGACUCGUGCACCCUUAUCGUGCCUGGUUGAGA